AUGCCGGCCAUGCCUGAAAAGAUGUCUUUACCCAACGAUGAAAUCCGUGAUCAAACUUCAUUCUUAUUACCAGAAUACGACGAACGAACCUCAACACCUUCAAUUCAAAUCCAUCAACCAUAUGAUACAACAUUAUUAUCACCCAAUGUAUUCAAUUCAACACCUUUAUCACCUUUAAUUCAAAGAUCACCUACCAGCGCAAGAACACCAUACUCAAAUGAUGGAAAGUUUUCGACAGAUCAUAAAGUUUAUGAUGGAUUUAAUUCUCAUGAUUAUAAUCAAGAUUUAGAAAACCAUUAUAAUCCGAAUCAUAAAAAGAAAAAUAAAGUUUUAAAGUUUUUUCAAUAUGAUAAAGAGAAAUGGACAGAUCCAGGUGAAGCUUUAGGACAUAAAACCGUUAUGAUUGCCAUCUUGACGGCAUGUGGUUUGAUGGGUUUAUUUGUUUUAUUAGGAAAAGCUAGUAAUGGAUUUGAUGAACUUGAAACUCAUUCCAAUUCCAAUUCAAUUCAUCCUCAUGCUAACAUCUCCCGACAAUUUCCUUUUUCUCCUUCUCAUUAUUUAGAAGAUUGUAAAUUACAAGCAACUGAUCUUUCUCUUACUGAAGAUGGCAUGGAAAAUCAUAUUACUUUAAAUAAUAGUCUUCCUAUACAUAUUCCAUAUUUUUCAUUAACUAAAGAAGAAAAAGAAUUUGAAGAUCUUCAACCUUAUUCGAAGACUGAUAAUCAAGGUCGGACUAUUUGUUCAAAAACUUUAACUUAUUUAUUAGAUGAUGACUUUGGUAUGGCAUUUCAUCUUAAUGCGAUUACACUGGCUUUCGCUUUAGCCAAAAAAGAUGGACGUACGUUUUUCAUUGCUGAUGGGGAAUGGGACCGAGGACUUUGGAAUGAUCACUUUCAGGAACUUCCCGCACCAGAUUGUCAACCACCACCACCAGAAGAAAUGAUGGGAUGUCCACGUUCAUCAAGACAUUGGAUCAUCACAUCAUCAAUUUUCCCAUACCAUUUCUCAGAUUCAGAAUUCUUAUUAGCAUACGGAGAUGAUAAAGUAAGAAAUGAGAAGAAAACUGAUGGUUUACCAAGUUUAAUACCUAAGCCAAGAAAACCAAUCUUUGAGAUGGCAAAAGAUUCAUUCGAAUCCAUCUUUUCUUUAAAUCAUGAAAAUUUAAAAUUAAUUGAAGAAACUAAACAAGAGAUUAUCGAUUCUAAUGUUUGGAAAGGUGGUGAGAAUGGUAAAUUAGCUCCAUUUGUUUCGGUUCAUAUUCGAAAAGGUGAUAGACAUCCAUUUAACCAGGAUCAUAAACUUGAUUAUAUUCCGAUUACGAAUUAUUUGGACGCUAUCAAUUCAACUUGGACUCAAUUACGAAGCACCAAUGAGAAACUACCCCUCUCACCCAAUGUUUUCGUAGCAUCAGAUACACCAUUAAUAAUGGAUGUUUUAAAUGAUAUGGUACCAACAUGGAAUUUGUUUCAUUUAUCACAAUCUUUUCCAAAACAAUUAUCUUUAAUUGCUCAUCCACAUGAAUACUCUCAACGUCAUUUUCAUGCACAUGUUAAAUCUGAAAGGAUUGGUUAUACUCGUGGUCAAAUUAUUGAUAUGAAUUUCUUGGCUGGUGGUUGGAGUUCUAAAAUUCAUCAAACUGAUGAAACCGAUAAACCUCUUGCUACCAUUUGUACCGUUUCUUCAAAUAUCUGUCAAUUUGCUGCUUUACAACUUGGUUGGAAAACCUCAUUCGAAGAUCGAAAAUGGAUUAAUCUUGAUCUUCCACUGACUCAUUCUUGGACUGGCAUUGAAAUUCCUAAACCUGGAUCUGGUGAUGAAGCAGAUGUACAUGUAGGUGGAGCACACCAUCAUCGUUGA